UCGAUUGUUUGUAUGCAAUAGAUUCAUGUUUGCGGACUAACAGAUCGAACUCAUACAAUUAUUCCGACAAUGCUCACCGUAGCCUCAACUCCGUCAAUGGCCGAACCCACCAGGUGGCCAAACCCCAAACGGCCAUCGCAACUUUCUCUUCCACCUCCAGGAAUCCGUUACCCCACCUCGUUAAACGCCCAAAAAUGCCUUCUAAAAACAUUUGUUUCAACCCUUCCGGACACGACACCUAUUCUCCAGCUUACUCGCAUGUGUCCUCCGUUCCCAUCUCCGGUACGCACAACCUCGUCUCUUUUGCGGGUCAGAUAGGCCGAGAUGAUGACCACAAUGUGCCCGAGGACCUUGGCGCGCAAGUCAGCAUCGCGCUUGCCAAUGUCGACAAAUGCCUUGAGUCUGUCAAUGCUACCAAAGACGAUAUUGUGCAGGUUCGACAGUACAUUGUAGAUCUGCUGCAUGAUAGGGAUGGAGAAAAGAACGUGCCGAAUCCGGUGAGAGCGAAAUUGUACGCGGAAUGGAUGGGUGGACGAAAGCCCCCAAGUACGGUACUUGGGGUGCAAAGUUUGGCCAAUAAGGAGCUGUUGUACGAAAUCGAAGUCAUUUGUGUGGUAGAGAACAAAGCCGGUUAA